CGCUCCAGCGGCCGGAGGAGCCGCUGCUCAGAAGUUACUCCACCUUCGCCAGUUUCCGGAGAGACUCGUGCGGCUGUGGGGACUUAAACCUUCGCUGAGGCGUGUCUAACGUCUUGGAAAGAUGAUUUCCAGCAUUGGCGCCGUGGGCACUGUGUCGCUCUUGAGAGGCUGCCCACAGAAGGCCAAAAUAAAAACCUUGUGUCUAUGGAGAGGAGUAAAAUAAUCUGCGUGCGCAGCAGUGUUUGUCCAUUCUUGUUUACUGUGGUCGGGGUUUGUUCCUUUGCAAUAUAUCUCUACUUUCUAGCUCAUAAGUAGACAUGUAGGAGUGAGCUGAACUGCAUUAAGUGGACUAGAAAACAGAACUGUGAAGUUUUUCAUCUUGGAGUCUUUUGUUCAGCUUCAAAUUAUAUGAAGUUAUAUGAAACCUUUAAAGGAGCCUUUUUAUAAUCCUUUACUAGUUUGUAUGUUCCCUUUCAGAAAGUUGAGUGUGGAAAUAAGGGUGGCUGCAGUCUUCUGAAUUGUGUAGCCAUGUGUAUGUGGUGCUUGGCAUUACCAUCUUACACUGUUUUUAAAUUCUCAUAUAGCUGGAAAGCCUUAGCACUGCUGUAAAGAUCAAGAGCAAACCUUCAAAGUGGUGAUUACAACAAACCUGAAGGAGUGAUGCAUUUGACUCAGCAUCUUAGGCUCCUACUUCUGUAGGAAACCACCUGUAUGAAACUUCUAGGCAUUGACAAAAGGAAUUGAACUAACCUGAAUGCCGGGACUAAGCUGUAGAUUCUACCAGCAUAAAUUUCCAGAGGUGGAAGAUGUAGUGAUGGUCAAUGUUCGGUCCAUUGCUGAAAUGGGAGCCUAUGUCAGCCUGCUAGAGUACAACAACAUUGAAGGCAUGAUCCUUCUCAGUGAACUAUCCAGAAGACGUAUUCGUUCCAUAAACAAACUGAUCCGCAUUGGGAGGAAUGAAUGCGUCGUAGUCAUAAGAGUUGACAAAGAGAAAGGUUAUAUUGACUUGUCAAAAAGAAGAGUUUCUCCAGAGGAGGCAAUCAAAUGUGAAGACAAAUUCACAAAAUCAAAGACUGUUUACAGCAUCCUUCGUCAUGUUGCUGAAGUCUUGGAGUACACUAAGGAUGAGCAGCUUGAGAGUCUGUUCCAGAGAACUGCCUGGGUAUUUGAUGACAAGUACAAAAGACCAGGAUAUGGUGCCUAUGAUGCAUUCAAGCAUGCAGUCUCAGACCCUGCCAUCCUGGAUAGCCUAGAUCUGACAGAGGAAGAGAGGCGUGUAUUGAUCGACAAUAUUAACAGACGUCUGACACCACAAGCAGUCAAAAUUCGAGCUGAUAUUGAGGUUGCCUGUUACGGUUACGAAGGCAUAGAUGCAGUAAAAGAAGCUUUGAGAGCAGGCUUGAACUGUUCCACAGAGAAUAUGCCCAUUAAAAUUAAUCUGAUAGCCCCUCCUCGUUACGUGAUGACUACAACAACACUGGAGAGAACUGAAGGACUGUCUGUUCUAAAUCAAGCCAUGGCUGUAAUUAAAGAAAAAAUUGAGGAGAAGAGAGGAGUCUUUAAUGUGCAAAUGGAGCCUAAGGUGGUUACUGACACAGAUGAGACUGAGCUUGCAAGGCAGUUGGAAAGACUGGAGAGGGAAAAUGCUGAAGUGGAUGGAGAUGAUGAUGCUGAGGAAAUGGAAGCCAAAACUGAAGACUAAAUGUUCUGGGAUAUUUAGAAGAGAGACCAUUUAAAAAAUGAAAGACCCCGUUGCAAACACUCUGGGCUAAAUAUUUCCAGUAUUGAAAACUUCAAAUACUUAAGUGUUUUACUGUUUUAGAAAGACCAGUAUGUGAAAGGCUCUUCUAAAUAACAUUCAGUGCAGCAACUUAGACAAAUUGAAUCCUUUGAAGGGAAGGUGCCUAGUCAAAUUGAAGACACAGAUCUGGCCAGAGGGAGGUUGCAGCCCCAUGCUUAACAUUUUCAUACAUAACAAUUCCUAAUUGGUGAUUACAGCUCAGUGCAUCCAUUAAUGAUCUUUCCUGGGAGCCCUAAAACCAAGCAAGCUGAACAGUUCCAUACAGAAUGUAUUUGAGCAAAUAUUCAAUAAAUUUC